UCUGUACUGACCGAGUUGUAUAUUGAGCCCAGCCCUAGCCCUUUAAGGGGCACUGUGUGGAAUGGCCCGGGCUCCCCAGAUGGAAACUUCUCACUCUUCACCAUCCAGUUCUCAAGCCGCAGUCAAGCACUUAUUGAGUGGCAGUUAGAGCGGUCCAUACAGGAGAAGGCUCGGCUGAAAGAAUGCCUGACACGGAUGAGGGAGUCGCUUAAAAAAGCCCAGUUACAGAGAGAUGAAUAUGCUCAACAUCUAAAAGGAGAGAGGGCCCGGUGGCAGGAGAGGAUGAGAAAAAUGUCGCAGGAGGUUUGCACCUUGAAGAAAGAGAAGAAGGAUGGUAUGCAUCGGGUGGAGGAGCUGAAGAGGAGCUUGUCCAAACUCAAAAACCAGAUGGUUGAACCCCUGCCCCUGGAGCCCCCAGCAGUGGCCCCUGAGGAGGAGCUGCAGCACCUGAGGAAGGAACUAGAGCGAGUGUCAGCAGAGCUCCAGGCCCAGGUGGAAAACCAUCAGCACGUAAGUCUCCUGAACCAGGCACAAAAGGAGAGGCUUCGGAGGCAGGAGGAGAGGCUUCGGAGGCAGGAGGAGAGGCUUCAGGAGCAGCAGGAGAGGCUUCGUGAGCAGGAGGAGAGGCUUCAGCAGCUGGCCGAGCCACAGAGCGGCGUCGAGGAGCUGAACAACGAGAACAAGUGCGCACCGCAGGUGGAGCAGCAAGCAGCAGAGCUACUGGAGAAGCUGGACGAGGAGCGCCUGGAAGCUGCCAGCCAGCAGAGCCAGCAGCUGAAUGCCCCAUUGAACCUCAUGGCUCUCCCUGGGGAAGGAGAUGGAGGAGGACAUCUGGACAGUGAGGAGGAGGAGGGACCUCGGCCCAUGCCGAGCGUCCCAGAGGACCUGGAGAGCUGGGAGGCCAUGAGUGGCAUUAUGGACCACUGGGAGGAGAUGGCGGACCUGAGUGAGCUGGUGAAGAAACAGGAACUUCCAUCAAUCCAGUACUGGGGAGAGAGAUGCCAUCAGAAUGUUCAUCUGCUUAUAAUAGAGGAAGGGGGCAGUGCCAAAGAUGCAGCAAUGGGAGGAGGACAUCAUCAGGCUGGUCCAGCACAGGGAGGAGAUGAAGGUGAAGCUGCUGGCACUGCAGGAGAUGCGGUUGUGGCUUGUGCUGACCUCAACAACAAGCACAGCAAAUUCCUGGCCGCUGCCCAGAACCCUGCUCAUGAGCCCAGUCCAGGAGCCCCACCCCCCCAGGAGCUUGGGGCUGCCAACCAGCAUGGUGAUCUUUGUGAGGUGAGCCUCACCGACAGCGCCGAGCCUGCGCAAGGAGAGGCCAAGGAGGGUUCUCCCAACGACAACCCUACUGCACAGCCCAUCGUGCAGGACCACCAGGAGCACCCAGGCUUGGGCAGCAACCGCUCUGGGCCAUUCUUUUGCUGGGCUUGGCUGCGGAGAAGGAGAUAAACAUCACCAUCAUCAAAGAGCUGGUCAACAAACUUUUUAAAAAGAAACAAAGUUAUAGGGUUAAUCUGCUACACAAUUCAUUUACUUCAUUUGCAUGUUAGAGCUAUUCAUGUUUAUUUGUGUUUCUAAUUUAUACUUUAAGUUUAUUUGUAAGAAGUUAAAAGAGAUUGGGUCUCUGUGGCUUUCACUGAAGUUCACUCUGGCAUCCUUUAGCAUUUUUCUUUUUUAAUUUCAUAAUUGUAGGUCAUUAGCAUGGAUAUUGAGUUUGCCGUUACAUGGUGGGAGUUCAAACACACAAAGACCCACUAUUUGCACAAAACUAUUCUCGUUGGUUUGGAAUAGGCUGCCAUGCUUUUUUAAUGUUGUUGCAGCGUGUAUAUUCAUUAUAGAAUUCAGAUAAAAUUUGCUUAUGUUUUACUGUUAUUUGAUCCAAUCUUAAUCACAGUGAGCUCUUCAUUAGCUCAAUAUGUGGUUUGCCCCUAAGAGUGCACUGUUGAUUACUUUGUAAUAUGCCACUAUGAGUACUGACAUUUAGAGUUGUUUAAAGCCUGAGAACUGGAAACAGCCUUUCGCCCAUUUUCUGUGUACUGGUGAUGGGAGUAAUAACGUUCUGGGGGAGCUUUUUAAAUCUCACAGAAGAGGACAGUGGCCUGCUCCGGCAGGUGUGUGAGGGACAGAGUGUGUUUCCUUUGUUCCGGUGCCAGGAAUGAGCGCUGUACUAUGGUAGUUCCCUUAGGAUUUGUGUGCGCUCUGGGCUCAUGAAGAUAUUGCAUCACGAGCUGCAGCAGUUGUACUCUUUUUCCAUGACCUAGAAAGGGAUUAUUUCCGAGGAAUGAAAGUCUCCCAUCGCUGACUGUGGAUGUGGAAAACCUUUCCUAGCUUAGAGCAUUUGUGUCUGGAAUACAUUUUAAAGUCCCAGUUCAUGUUACGUGUCUUAAUUACAUGACUACAUACAUGUCCCAGUUCACAGAAGGGCGCUGGCUGGCAUCUUCUUAAUGUAUUUAGUAAAGAUCAUAAGAAAUCCUUUUUGAGUAUAAAUGUCCCAGGAACAGGCAUACAGGCUCUAGUCAAGAAUGAAUUAGAGUAAAGGAAAGCCGUGUAACACCUGGCAUUCCUCUCUGUUCACGGAGAUUCUUUGAGGCUUGAAGAUUGAUUUUACCAUCUAGACCUCACUGGCUAAUACCUAUUCUUCAACCACCUUAGUUACUCUGACAUAGGAAUUUACUUGUUUUCCUUGAAUGGAAAACACUUUAAAAAAUAAUAACAAAUAUUAUUAUAAAUUAAUAUAUGUGAGAGUACUAAGUUGAAACAGAAAGGAGUUUUAGUAGACAGUGUUACACUAUCUUUAAAAAUCAAGGAGAACUUUAUGCAACUUAAGAUAUUUACAAACUGCAGUACAAUCUACUGUUUGUGAAUGUCAGUGUAUUAUCAGGAAACGUGUCUAUACAAUCAGGUAUAUUUCCUCACAAACUUCUUUACGAAGAGUGAAAUAUGUUUUUGUACCUCUCGGUUUCAGUUAGGGACAUAUUUUGUGCAAUAUUUAUGUGAUUGUGCCUAUGCACGAGGAAUGAAUGAAUUUCAGUCAGACAUUGCCUAAAUCAUAACUUUUGAUGAUGCUUGGGAAAGACUCAACAGUUAAAACUUCAUGAGGUUCUAAUGUCUGUGUCCAAAACACAUCACAGUAUUAGCAUGUAGAGAGGAUGUACGUGUGCUCCCUGGGGUGGAGAUUUCUAGUUACUAGACCAUCUCCAUUUUUAGCAUUUGGCAUCGUCAUGACACUUUUAUAAAUAUGACAUUCUAACAGGAGAGCAAAAUACGAUUUUACCGAUGGAAUAACAGAUUUGCCUGCAUUCACUGAAAGAGCGCAAAUAUUGGGUCCUUGUGACUUCAACCGACUCUUCCAAAUUGUAUGAAUGUAGCAAUGUAUUAGAUAAGCCCAGUUUCAGAAUGAUAAAGAAAAAAUGUUAGACCAAAUAAUGUGGCUAAUUAGCAGUGGUCCGAUUUUUAGCCUGUGGGUUUAAAAUGGACUUAAAGUCCUGUUCUUGCCUUUUAUUCUCCGAACUUGCCACUUUUGCAUUCUCUGAGUUCAGUUUAAAGACAGUUACUUUAAGUCCAUUUUAAAACCUCGGGCUAGAAAUCGGACCACUGUUAAUUAGCCACAUUAUUUGGUCAAAUGUUUUUUCUUUAUCCUUCUGAAACUGGGUUUACCUAAUACAUGGAUAUAUUAUUUCAAAAGUACUUUUAUCGUUGAAAUCACUUCACUUUUAUCCCGAGAAAUAUCAAUGACUGGGAAUGACCUUCAGAUAGUGUUUAGUAUUUGUAACCAAUCUGACCAUAAUGUGUUCAUCAGGUACCUAUGGAUUAAAUCACACGCUGGCGUAUUUCAGCUGAAUGUCAGUCUGGAAAAUAAAUUUACUGUAUUAACUCAAAUUCCACUCUUUGUGCAGGUAUUUGUCAUAUAUUUAAGAAAAAGCUAAAAAGAAUGGAAAUGGUAUGACAAUAACUUAAGUCUUUCUUCAAAGUGCACGCAGUCUUUUGUGAUACCUCAUUUAGCCAAGUAUUUGUGCUCUUCCUCAUUCAGUGUAAGGCAGCUUUCAAUUUGCUUAGAAGGCAACAUUGGAAGGUUAGAGUUCAUCAGAAACACAGAAUUUUAAAAUGUGAGUUCAGCUGAAUAAAUCUGAAUUUCUGUAGCAAGAAUCAAAACACCUAUUUAAAAAUUGCAAUAUAUAAUAAUCAUUUUAAAGUAUUUGAUUAAACCUGAUAGGUUUUCCAGAAAUGAAAAAAAAAAAAAAAACUGAGCUCUAAAACCAAAGCUGAUUUUUAGGAAUUUAAAAAUGUAAAUCAGCCCUAUCCAUAAUAUAGUUUCUCUAAAACCUUAUCUUCAAGAGUCAUUUUAAAAUAAUAUAACUAUUAAAAAAUGUAACUGCUAACUUAAUGUUCUGAAAUAAGUUAAAACAUUUUAAAAUAUGAAUGCUGUAGUUUAAAAGAACGAAACGGUGGGAAGGAAAAGCAGAGAAAGAAAUGCCAAUUCCAGCCCAAAGCUUUGUUUGCCAAGUUUUCUUAGAAUGAAUUUUACCAAUUUAUGAAUUCUUGUAAACAGAAUGUAUAAUGGAAAUACUGAAAGACUUUUGCCUAAAGUGGCAUUAUUGACUGCUGGUGUCAUGCUACUGUAAUGUAAUAAAUGAUUAAAUGGUUGCAAAGUGCUGUUUUUUCCUUAAAAUUUUAUUUUGCGAGUCUUGAAAACUAUAGGAUUAAAGGUAUUGAUAGUG